CUCCCUCUUCUACUUUCAAUGUUUAUAAAAGUAAGCUCAACUGUAGUUCUCAUCACUGACCACUAAUUGCAUAACAUCCACAUUUAUAACGUUGGGUGGUUGUUUGCUAACAAUCGGAAUCAAAUGAAAAACGCGAGAAACGUUUGUGAAAAAAACUUGCCAAUUCCCAUGCAGAGAUAUAGUCAUCGCACGCACUCAACCAUAAAAUUACGACUAUAUUUAAUUCAUUUGGGACUAGAUUCAUUCUACAAGGGGCAGUCGCUACCAACAUUGCAAGUAUUAAGAAGGUUCUCCGUAGUGAAGGCUUCUACAUUCCUUGCGGAGUUAAGUUAGGUAGCACCUGAAACCAAACAAACUCGAAGCGGAUUUUCUGGGCGAAUGUUCGUUUAUUCCAUUUGGGAAUCACUCUGAGAGUUCGGUGUAAAGUUUCUUAAAGUUCCUAAGACAGUCCGCCAUAAACAUUUAGUGGAGGUGCAGUUAUCUAGAUGAAGCAGAAGCAAUUAGUGAUUAUAUUGUUCCUGUUUACUGUAAAUACAGGAUGGUGUCAGGCACCGAACGGCGGAAAAAAUGAUUUGGACUGGUGGCAGAAAACAAUUUUUUACCAGAUUUACCCACGAUCAUUUAUGGACAGUGAUGGAGACGGCAUCGGUGAUUUGAAAGGAAUAAUCUCAAAGUUGGGGCAUUUGAAGGAAAGUGGAGUUGAUGCAACAUGGCUUAGUCCUAUCUUCAAAUCACCGAUGGUUGAUUUCGGAUAUGAUAUAUCCGAUUUCACGGACAUUCAAGACGAAUAUGGAACAAGGGAAGAUUUUGAAGCAUUAAUCAAAGAAGCAAAUAAAUUAGGAAUAAAAAUUAUCGUCGAUUUUGUUCCAAACCACACAUCCGACGAAUGUGAAUGGUUCAAGAAAUCGGUGAAACGUGAGCCAGGAUACGAGGAUUUUUAUGUAUGGCAUGAUGGGCGAAAGGGUGCAGAUGGAAAGAUUCAUCCACCGAACAAUUGGAUUUCCGUUUUUGAAGGGUCAGCAUGGGAAUGGAAUAAAGAACGUGGCCAGUACUACCUACAUCAGUUUACCGCCGGGCAACCAGAUUUGAAUUUCCGAAACCCCAAAGUCCUAGCGGCCAUGGAUGAUGUGCUACAAUUCUGGUUAUCAAAAGGGGUGGCCGGUUUUCGGGUGGAUGCAAUCUGUCAUUUAUUUGAAGUGGAAGAUCUUCGUGAUGAGCCGGAAAGUGGAAAGCCGAACAAUCAGUCUUAUGAAUUUUUGGAACAUAUUUACACCAAAGACUUGCCGGAAACAUAUGACGUUGUAUAUCAUUGGCGAAAACUCUUGGACAAUUACAAAAAGGAAAAUGGAGGAGAUACACCAGUGAUGCUAACGGAAGCUUAUGCUAAUAUUUCAUCGGUAAUGGAUUACUAUGAAAGCAAAGACGGAGUUCAGGGAGCGCAAGUCCCGUUCAAUUUCUACUUGAUCUCAGAUCUCAAUAUGAAUUCAGAUGCGAGGGACUUCCUUUCUAACAUCCAGCGUUGGAUUUCUUAUAUGCCUGUUACUGGUACCCCUAACUGGGUACUUGGUAACCACGAUAGGCCACGUGUUGCCUCCAGAUUCGGACCAGAACGAGCUGAUGGGCUCAAUCUUCUUCUGCUGACUCUACCUGGAAUUGCUGUUACUUACAAUGGUGAAGAAAUUGGAAUGGUGGACUACAGAGAUAUUACUUAUGAUGAAACCAAAGAUCCUGCAGCGAGGCGUUUCGGAUUUUCAGAAGAUUUUAAGGAAAUAUCACGAGAUCCUGUCAGAACACCAUUUCAAUGGGAUGAUACAAAAAAUGCAGGAUUUUCGACUGCGGAAACUACUUGGCUUCCAGUCCAUCCAAACUAUGAAAAUUUGAAUUUAGCCAAGCAAAAAUCGGCGGAACGUAGCACGUAUAAGCUUUAUCAGCGGCUAGCAAAUUUGCGUCAACACAACACACUUUGAAAGGGCAGUUUCUUUGGUUUGGCUAUAACAAGGGAUGUUCUAGCAUUCAAAAGGGAACUGAAAGGCGAAGAUACUUUUGUGACCGUUAUAAAUUUCGGCAGUCAAGAGCACACAGUGGAUCUGCGGUAUCUUGGUGGAUUACCCGACACUCUAAUUGUUGCAGCUGCAGGUUCAGGAUCAAUUUAUCGUGAAGGGGAUAUUGUAGAGGCGGUUUCCCUGAAACUAUCAUCGCACGAUUCCAUCCUAUUCCGAUGCAUUACUGUGAACAAGAGGGAGGAAACGGCCCAAUUAGUUCGAACUGCUUUAACUGUCCUGAAUGCAUCAAUUGUGCUAAUUAUUGUUUAUAGGUUCUAUCGUGGUAGUUUUAAGCCAAAUUUACUCUAUAAGUCUGUUUAGAAACACUAACUGAAUAUAAUUCUUAUCAUAAAGAU